GCAUAUAGUAAGGCUCAAUUUAUAGCAGAAUCUGCGUAUUUGCUAACUUCAGGCUGUCCAUCCAUUAGUUCUAGGUCACAGACUGCACAUUUCAUCGCAAGCGUUGCUUUUCCUGCUUUAUCUGGUACUAUGUCGUUAGUGUUGCAAGCUGGCGCCUCCGGCUUAGCAACACCUCACCGUGCCCGGAGCGCGUCAGGAGUAAGGAGCUUAUCCUUUCGCACCCGGAGAUUACCAGGAGCGCACGGGAAGACAACCUUUACCGGCCGCGGGUUGGGACAUCUUGCAAGCAAUGGCUCCAUGCACCGGAGUAUGGCGCAGUGGCUAGAAAACAAGGCUUCCGUGGAAGUCCAAGCGCCGUUGGAAACAUGUUGGUCGCUGUGGGAGGAUCGCGAGCGCAUUCCGCAGUGGAUGCCCUGGAUCAAAUCAGUUAAGGUGCUGGACUCCGACCCCCGGCUGUCCCGCUGGACGCUCGCUACUCAUCAGUUCGGUCGAGACUGGGAGUUCUCUUGGCUUGCUCGCAACCUACCGCCCGUCAAGAAUACCAAGAUCCACUGGGUUUCGGAGCGUGGAUCCGCAUCUCUGGGCCUGGAGAUCCAGAACCGCGGGCAGAUCAAGUUCCGCCGUACCUCCCCAGGCAGCUGCCACAUCACCCUCAUCAUCUCGUAUGAGGUGCCGGACGUGCUGGCGCCCUUUGCAAACCUGACCGCGCAGGCCCUCACGCCGGUGGUGGAGGGAGUCAUACAGCAGGACAUGGAGCGGUUCAAGCAGAUAGUGAUGGCGGGGGCGGGCGCGAAACAGUGAGCGGGCAGUGACCCAUGGGUCGCAGCGAUAGGCAAGCUGAUAGCUGCUGGAUGCGCAGUAGGCGGUGGAGCCAGAAGGACGUGGGGAAGGCAGCAGGCGGGGGAGCAGGCAAAGCAGGGCAGGUGGGAGCGGAACGCGCGGCUGGGCCGUAUCUGGCCGGCAGGGUUUAGUAGCUAGUAGCUAGAUGGAACUUAGGAUAGGGCUUCGUGCAGCUAAGUUAUGGUCAGAAAAGCUCUUUCCCAUCGUUCUAGAGCGCAAGAUGGUGCUCAUUGCCACGGCCAAGGUGUAUAGGUUGAAGUAAUGGGCACCGUUAUAUGAAUUAUUGGGCGGAGGUGGAGGUGAGGGAUGCCGGUACGUUGGCACGCAUGGGCACGCAUUAUCCUAACAACCAGAUUUAUGGUCGUGACUAGCACUGGUGAUUUCCUGAUUGAAUUGUUAUAGAAGUCAAAAUGUCUGACAAACAAGGAGCUUCAGCCCAAGGCUAUGGUCGUAGCCUUGACCUCAUUACUGAAGAAGUGCAAUGCAGCUGUAAGCUGGAGCAGUAGCUAUACUCACGUGUACCGCUUGCAAACGAAGCUAUCUUUGCAUUGCUAUACAGUACGACUGCGUAGUGCUGUAAGAGCGGAACUUGCUUAGCUUCAACAACCUUUCUCGUUUAAAUCUAUGCCAU